CUGUGUCCGCGCAGGCUCAGUGGGGCGCUCUCCCGGUGUGAAGAUGGUGUCUGUCAGGAUGCAGCCGUGUGUGUUGUCAGUUUUACUCCUCAACGUUUUCUACAGCUUCGUUUCUUCUUUGUACUUUCACAUCGGAGAGACGGAGAAGAAAUGUUUCAUAGAGGAAAUCCCGGACGAGACGAUGAUUAUCGGUAACUAUCGGACUCAGCUGUAUGACAAACAGAGGGAGGAGUACCUGCCGGCCACUCAGGGUCUGGGCAUGUUCGUAGAGGUCAAAGAUCCUGAUGAAAAGGUGAUUCUGUCUCGUCAGUACGGCUCAGAGGGAAGAUUCACCUUCACAUCGCACACACCUGGAGAACAUCAGAUAUGUCUGCACUCCAACUCCUCGAAGUUCUCCCUGUUCGCUGGAGGCAUGCUGAGGGUUCACCUGGACAUCCAGGUGGGCGAACACGCCAACAACUACGCUGAGAUCGCUGCCAAAGACAAACUGACGGAGCUGCAGCUGAGAGUCCGACAGCUGGUGGAGCAGGUGGACCAAAUCCAGAAGGAGCAGAACUACCAGAGGUAUCGUGAGGAGCGCUUCCGUCAGACCAGUGAGAGCACCAACCAGCGGGUCCUCUGGUGGUCCAUCGUCCAGACCCUCAUCCUGGUGGCCAUCGGCAUCUGGCAGAUGAGACACCUCAAGAGCUUCUUCGAGGCCAAGAAGCUGGUGUAGCUUUUCUCCUGGUGGACAGUCUGAGUCUGAGUCUGAGUGUGUGUGUUUGUGUGUGUGUGUGUGUUUCUGUGUGUGUGUGUGUGUGUGUGUGUGUGUGCGUGUGUGUGUGUGUGUGCGUGUGCGUGCGUGUGUGUGGUCUCUACUGAUUGAUGCAGUACUGAGCAGUGGCAGUGAUUGCUGCUGUUGGAGGAAAAACUGCUGAGGAGACGGGACCCCGAGAAAUCCAGCUGCACGAUUCGGCUUGAAAACAACAUCCUCAUUAUUAUUAUAAUUAAUGUUCCUAUUGUUUCCCUCACACGCCCUGUUUGUAAUGAGCCCCCAACAUUUGCAGUAGACCAUCAGGGAAAAUGUGAAUCUCUUUAUUAGACCUUUGUUUCGGAUCCAUUAGGACUACGAUUUUUUGUCUAAUGUUCUCAUGUCAGACAUGUUUGAUUGUGUCCUGUUAACACCACAAAGUUCAGCAGCACCAGGACAGAUGAACUAAACCAGUCUACGUCUACCGGGCAGUUGGAGGCGUGUAUUUGACGCGUUUGGUUUUUUUAAAAAUUGCUAUUAAUUUACCCUUUUUCUUUCCUGUUGCUCAGUGCGAGUACUUGACGUGUUACUGGCCACUAGAGAUGUUGUUCAGAGUCAGGUUUACAUCAGCUUGAAGCUGUUAGUUUGCUCCUCCUCCUCUGAAGGACGGCAGAAAUUAUAAUCUGGAUUAAUUUGUAAAGUAGUCCAACAGUUUUGUGUUAUAUUUUCUGCAUCCUCCAUCAUCAGAUCAUCUGAUUUUCAGAUGCAACCAAACUUAAUAAAAAAGGGGUGAAACGUAAUCAGUGAUUAUUACUUGUAUUGUUACUUACUAGAUUUUAAUAAUUCUUACUUGUAGAAAAGCAGCUUCAGUCCAAGUUACUCUGUUGUUUUUUGUUUGUUUGUUUUUUUACAUGGUUACUUUUUUUGUGUACAUGGAGGAUUAAAAAGUGAUCAAUAGGCAGCAGACAGACCACGGCUGAAUCAUACCUGUCCAACGUAAAAAUAUCUUGAUUUUAAAAAAAUUGUCAUUUUGCAACAGCAUAAAUGUACCUAAAAAUGGUGUCACUCAACGACGUUACUAUACAGUUUAGAGCUGCAAGGAUUGGUUGAUUAACUAUUUUAAUAUUUAAGUCAUUUUUCCAGCAAAAAUGCCAAAUAUUUGAUGGUUAAAGCUCCUCAGAUGUGAGGACUUCAUGUUUUUUGUACAUUUUGGACUGCUGGUUGUACAAAACACACAUCUAAUGACCUAACGUUGUGCUCUGGGAUAUUGUGAUGGGAUGAAAUGCAGCAGUUCAUUGAUAAAUAGGGGGGAAAAAAAGGCAGAUUAAUGGAGAUGAAUUAAACUCCAGUGCUGUUUUUGUUUGCCGAGUCUGCUGCCGACCUGACCUCACAUCCUGAUAAACUGCCCCCGCGCUUCAUGGGAUUCAUUUGGGGUUAAUUUUUGAGGACAUGCACAACCAACUCGUCCUCAGAAAGGAUAGGAGGCGCAGCCAUUGUAUGCACGCCGAUGUAUAGUCAAAGCAAGUGCGCCACAGCUCGUAAUCGUUCGGCUCUUGGCUGGUUUUGUCUCGUUACCAGAAUUUCUGCUUCAGUAUCAACAUGGGUUUAAUCGGCUGAAGAACUAGAAAGUGGAAAGACUGAGCAACGUGGAAGAAACGUCAAGCCAGCAGGUUUUACUUUCGGCUGUGAUGUUACCAUUUCAGCUAUCUCAGGAGCCACACUGAGAACCUGUGAGAAGCUCACGUCAAAAAACGCAUUUUUUAUUUUAUUUUUUUACAGUUUGAGGCGGUGGCUUGUCCUGCUGCUGAUUACAGAGAGAAUAACGCUCUCUUCAAAUGUGAUACGUUGCUCUCACAGGGAGUCAGUUCACUUUACCACCCAAUGUACGGCCUCCUAUCCAAGCCAGACUUCAGCCGUUACAUCAGAUGCGUGGCAAAUCCUCCACAGCCUUGCCUUCUGAUGCUGAAAUUAAGUUCCCCGUACAGCGUACACUAUUGAGAAUACUCCAUAUUAAAACCGGCAAAGUGUCGUCUGAGGUGGUAUCGAAGCAGACGUUCCGGUAACUGUGACAGUGUUGCUCUCAGCUCUUUGCGUUGAGCCUGUUAGGGUCCUUUUUUGUUAGAUUUUUUUCAGCCUGGCUCAGUGAAGUUUUCUGUUUGUUACUGUGGGCAUUUGAGGGAAUCUACAUCUUUCCAGUGUCCAGACCGAAUGUAUGUGGGCGGAGGCGGGGAAAGAUUAUUCUGAAUCUUCUGGUAUAGAUAAUCAUUUGGCGCCUUGAGGCGUCGUUUCAUCCCGUCAGAAGAGAGACGUUGCUUGACAGUUUUUAUUAGUCGCAUCCAACACAGCCAGAGAGAGAUUUUUCUGUUUUUUUUUCAGUUGACUUUUUUUUUUUUUACCAAAAAACCAGUGGCUUUAAGGAAAAUCUUUACGCAUUGACAUAAAACAUCAUGUGCUGUAUCUCCUGUAUGAAAGGAGGCUCAGUCAGGACUCAACAAAACGUUGCUCUGCGCCCCGCUGACAGUUUUCCCAUCAAUUUCAAUGAUUAAAAGCUGAAUUGAUGCAGCCACACAUCCGGUGAAGAAAAAAUUAUAAAAUCUUAAAACGCCUCAGUACUGCUUCACCAACAGCUCCUGUAACUGGUUGGAUGGUCUUUACCUCGAGAUUUUACCCACCCUCAGGUACAGAGCAACAAAAACACCAAUCACAAGCUGUCGUAUAAAGCCAACUCGAUGUUCUCGGACUCUUACCGAGCAAAAUCCAAGACAACAAAGACCGGAACUGCUAAAUACUCAGCUUCCGCGAUGAGUUUGUUCCGGGAGAAAGAGCAGUAAAAUGGUUUCUGUCAAAUACCUGCAACAACCGUCAGUCGGGCAGUUUAUUCUUUCUUCUCAGUUUUCUCUGUCUUAGGUUAUUAAGAUUUUGUUGCGCUUUUUAUUUGCUGCUGGUUUGUGUUAAACAGUUUUUGCUGGUAGGUGUCAGAUUUCAGAAGUGUUUCCAGGGUUAGCUUUUUAAUCGGUGGUAAAGGUUUUAGGCUGGAAGAGGGGCUUGGAAUUCUUUUAUUUUUAGAGAUAUUCUGUCCAUGUGAAAUCUGUCUAAAACUGCACUCGAAAUAAAGGUUUGUCACAUUUGGUUUAA